AGUAAUAAGUGGACAAUUACAUUAAAAGGUGUUUUUCAAGCUCUCAAAUUCAAUAGCUAGCGCAUGUCCAAAAUGUGGGGAAACCGAGCGGUAACUCGCGGCACUUUGGUGUGUCUCGCGAUUUUAGUUUAUCUGAAAGAUAGUAGCUGUGUGACUACAAACAGACGAGAGCACUUUUCGCAGUUACCUCAGCGUACCGGCUUCGUAAACAGAAACAACAAUCAGAAGACCGGUGUAAAAGUGAUGGAUCCUUCUUUUGAAAAUGCCGGACAAGUCGAUGGCCUUGAGAUAUGGAGAAUCGAAGACUUCAAACCUGUGCCUUAUCCUAAAAAUCAAUACGGCAAAUUCUAUACAGGAGAUUCAUACAUUAUACUAAAUACUAAAUCUACCAAGAGUGGUGCCAAAGUACAUGAUCUUCAUUUUUGGUUGGGUGCUGAAACCAGCCAGGAUGAACAAGGAUCAGCCGCCAUCUUUACAGUUCAGUUAGACGAGCACUUGAAUGGAGAACCAGUUCAACAUCGUGAAACCCAAAACCAUGAAUCUCAACUCUUCUUAUCUUACUUCAAAAGCGGUGGUAUUCGGUACCUUCCUGGUGGUGUUAGCUCUGGCUUCCACCAUGUUGAUCCUAAUGCUUUCGAGAAGAGGCUGUUCCAAGUAAAAGGCUCGAGAAAUAUUAGAGUUAAGCAAGUUACUCCAUCAAUUGCCUCGAUGAAUACUGGUGACUGCUUUAUUUUAGACGUUGGAAGAGAUAUUUAUGUUUACGUCGGUACCAAGGCUAGAAGAGUUGAACAACUUAAGGCUAUUAAUGCUGCUAACCAAAUUCGCGACCAAGAUCAUGCUGGAAAGGCCAGAGUAACCAUUGUUGAUACCUAUAGUCCAGAAAGUGACUAUACUCAGUUCUUUGAAGCCUUGGGCGAAGGUUCCAGAGAUUCAGUUCCCGACUAUACCACCAGUGACGACGAUGAAUCUUUCGAACGUACAGAAGAAAAUCACGCUUCACUUUACAAGGUAUCAGAUGCUACCGGCUCUGUUCAAGUAACCAAAGUUGGACAAAAACCUUUGGAAGCCAGUUCGUUGGACCCCAGUGACUGCUUUAUUUUAGAUACCACUGAUGCCUUAUUGUAUGUAUGGAUCGGCAGCAAAUGUGAUGAAAGAGAAAAGAAGGAAGCCAUGAAUAAAGCUGAUGGGUUCCUUAAUGCACACAAUCACCCUAAAUGGACACACGUUCAAAGAAUUGUUCAAGGAGCUGAGCCCACUGCGUUUACACAAUAUUUCAGAAAUUGGCGUGCCUUUGGAGAAACCCACCCAAGAUUACUCCGGUCUGUCAGCGCUUCAGCUCACCUUUACCAUUGCCAAAUUCGUUCAAGAUCACGUAGACUUAAAGUCGAAGAGAUUAAGGACUUUGAGCAGGAAGACCUCUGGGAGGAUGAUAUAAUGGUCUUGGACGCUGGUGAUGUUGUAUUCGUUUGGAAUGGCAAAGGAGCUUCAGACGAUGAAAAAUCUAGAGGACCUAAAUACGUACAUAAAAUGUUGAAUCGUCAAGGUCGUGAAGACGUACCAGUAAAAAUAAUUGAGCAAGGUGAUGAACCAGAAGAAUUCACAAUGCAUUUCCCAGCUUGGUCAGCAGAUCACUGGGACAAUUUACCAGAUGUAAGAAGCUACAUCAAAAAUGAGGAAGACUGAAUUCUGUUGUCAUGAUUGACCAACCUGUCACCUGUUUUAAAUAAGGCUUUUACGUUACAAAAUGUGCGCAAAAUAUUAUAGCUUUAACAUUUUUAAACAUGCAUUUAUAUAGCAGUUUUAGUUUUUUAUAUGCCGCUGCUUUCGGUAAUAUAGACCUAGUAUCAAAAUGAUUUUUACAAAAUUAGAAACAACUUAUAAAUUGUGCCUAAUAAAAAGAUUUUACAAUAAUAAAUUGAAACAUUAUCGAGUUGAAACUUUAUCUGUACUGUUUGUGUACCUAUCAGUGUUAUUUUUUAAAAUGUUGUAUUUGUUAAGCUUGUGUGGUUAUAAAAUCUAUAAUAAAACAAUUAUACUUUU